CAGUAAAUCACCAUACAGUAAAGGGAAAAAACUAGCUCCUUAUUUACAUUCCUUUCACUUAAUUAUAUAAAGGCCAAAGCGAGUUACAGUAGUUGAUUGAGAGAUGGCAGGAGGAGGAUUUGUUGCUCAAGGUGGAGGGUUCGGCUAUGAAGGUCGUGUCACGACCUUUGUGGUGUGUACUUGUCUGAUUGCUGCCACUGGUGGUCUCCUAUUCGGUUAUGACCUUGGAAUCUCAGGAGGGGUGACAUCAAUGGAGCCGUUUCUGAAGAAGUUCUUCCCGUCUGUUUUAGAAAAACAGAGUGAUGCAGCCAAACACGAAAGCGAGUAUUGCAAAUUCGAUAGCGAGCUGCUCACUCUGUUCACCUCUUCCCUCUACCUUGCUGCUUUGAUCGCUUCCUUCUUUGCCUCAGUAGUAACAAGGAUCUUUGGCCGAAAAAUUUCCAUGUUCAUUGGAGGCCUUGCUUUUCUCAUUGGUUCAAUCUUAAAUGGCAUUGCCAUGAACGUUGCACUUCUAAUCAUUGGCCGUUUGUUGCUUGGUGUAGGCGUUGGGUUUGCUAAUCAGUCUGUUCCAGUCUACUUAUCCGAAAUGGCACCUGCGAGGAUUAGAGGAGCUUUGAACAUUGCUUUCCAAAUGGCCAUUACAAUUGGAAUUCUAGUCGCAGGCCUUAUUAACUACGGCACGGUAAAGAUCGAGGGCGGAUGGGGAUGGAGAGUUUCUCUAGCUCUUGCAGCCGUUCCUGCCAUAGUGAUGACCGUCGGAUCAUUCAUUCUACCGGACACUCCCAAUUCUAUUCUUGAGAGAGGCCAUACCGACAAGGCAAGAAAAAUGUUGCAAAAAAUUCGCGGCACCCAACACGUUGAUGCUGAGUUUCAAGACCUUAUUGAUGCCAGUGAAGCUGCCAAGAAGGUGGAUCACUCAUGGAGGAACAUUCUCCAACCAAGAUACAGGCCUCAACUUGUCCUCUGCAUUCUCAUUCCAUUCUUCCAACAGCUUACCGGCAUUAAUGUCAUCAUGUUUUAUGCACCUGUUCUCUUCAAGACAUUAGGUUUUGGUGAUGACGCGUCACUCAUGUCUGCGGUUAUCUCUGGCAUUGUGAAUGUCGUUGCCACAGUUGUUUCCAUCUAUUCAGUUGAUAGGUUCGGAAGAAGGAUUUUGUUCCUUGAAGGUGGCGUACAAAUGAUUAUUAGCCAGAUCGCAGUAGGAAUCAUGAUUGCCGUGAAGUUUGGUAUCAAUGGCGAUGGUGACUUGACAAGGGCCGAUGCCAAUUUGCUUUUGUUCUUGAUCUGUGCAUAUGUUGCAGCAUUCGCAUGGUCUUGGGGACCACUGGGAUGGUUGGUACCCAGUGAGAUCUGUCCUCUAGAGAUCCGAUCAGCUGGACAAGCCAUCAACGUUGCAGUAAACAUGAUCUUCACUUUUAUCAUUGCUCAAGUUUUCCUCGCCAUGCUUUGCCACAUGAAGUUUGGCCUCUUCUUUUUCUUCGCUGGCUUUGUUAUAAUCAUGACUAUCUUCAUUCACUUCUUCUUGCCUGAGACAAAGAACGUCCCAAUUGAAGAGAUGAACAAAGUAUGGAAGCAACACUGGUUCUGGGGAAAGUACAUCCCAGAUGAGGCUGUCAUUGGUAAGAACCGCAAAGUUGAGCAAAGGGAUGCUUGAAAGCAAGA